GCUCAGUGUUUUGACAGCUGCACUGGGACUCAGAAGAUGGGGAAUUUUCUCGUUUUGAUGACUAGCACUCUUCACUCAUGGAUGAGCCCCAGCACUAUGGAGGUAGCAAUGGACGUGAGCAUUGCCUUUAUGUGUGGAGCAGGGCUCUUUUUCCUACUACUCCCCUUCCUGAAGGAGUACCCAGUGUCACCACUACCUGAAAGUGAAAGGGACAAAACAAAGGAUGUGAAGAGGUUGCAGAGCAAGACCAGGAAGAAAACCGAUACUAUAAAAGGUAGUCUUCUUUCUUGGGGUGCCAGAGAUGGCAGAAAAUAUGUGGAAGAGACCCAGACUCUAUCACAGCCUAUGAGCAGUCCCAACAAACAACUACUCCAGGAGUCCACACCACAACCCUCGUGGAACCCUCUUCAGAGAAUGGAUCAGCUUCCUCUCCUUCAGCUGCUAUCUUACCUCAAGGUCUUGGAGGGUCUCAUACAGAAGGAGUUCAGUCAAAUUUUCUGGGGCAUAUCCUCUAUGUUCUCUGAGUCAGUUGUGGCUACUGCCCACGUCCUCAGAACCCCUUCCAUGGCAGAACAUAAUACCAUGAGGUUUCAUGAUGCCUGUGACCCUGACCAAGCUUUAUCUCAGGCUCAAGGACUGCCACAGAUUUCCACAAGCCCGCCAUUGCCUUUGGACCUUGUACCACCAGGCUUGAUGGGUGUGACAGGAGUUCAAGAAAUGGUCCCAAGCUCUACACCAAAACAAAUACGUCAUUGUUUCAAGAGAAGAUCCAGUAGAAUAGCAUGUCCUACCACUGAUAGAGGGACACAGACAUCCCUACCAACCAAAAACCAGCCCUGGCCACGUGGACUGUAUUGGAAAGACACCAAAGGUUAUGAUAUCCAAAAGCACCAAGCAGACACUGGGAGCUUGUCCAGGGGAACCCUGCAGAAUGAAAAUAUCAGGUCAGCAACAAUCCUUCCUGAGCAUUAUCAAAUGGCUCAUGACAAUGAGCCAUGGAAUGAUGUCAAUACAACUAAUGUUGGAGAGCAACAAGGAACCCCCAGAAGAUUCCUCCAAUCCAGAAAACUGACCCAGCUUCAGGAACAUUUGCCAGCAAACACUGAUCAUUAUUGCAAGAGCAGGCCUCAACUCUCUGAGCCUGCACAGCACUCCAUCCUCAACUCUGAAAGCUGCGAAUGUAGCAAAAUGAUAGGGUCUGUGCUCACAGGGCUGCCCUUAAAGGACAUAGCAACCUGUGAUAGACAUAAGAGCAUCAAGAAGAGCAUCAAGAAGGGCCUUGUUCUAAAGGACCAAGACCUGCCUUGCUCUUCAAGCCACCACCCUGGGAAGGGGCUGAAGCCCAGGAACACUGCACUCAGGACAGACAAGCUGUUCUAUACGAAGGAGCAUCAUUCCUUCCUUGACUCAAACACUGAAAGGAAGCCUGCAUCAAAUAUUACACAGCUUCCAGUAAAACAAAGAAGGUCGUAUCUGCAGAUCCUUGAGGCAAGGGAUCCCGCUCCACCUGGAGUUCCACCCUCAAACCUACCCCAGGUUGUAUAUCCCUCCUCACCCAUCUGUGAUUCCAAGGCUGCCAUGAUUCUGGAAAAUUUGCAUCACCAAGUUCCAGGAGGGAAAAGGGUAGAAAGUAUAUCAGAUGGCAGGCUACAGAGUGCUCUGUCUAUGCACUCACUUGCAGAAGUUCAAGAAACACAAAGAGCCCCUCCACCUGCUGCCAGCCAUGGGGCCUCAAAGGCACAUCCAGAUCCCUGGCAGAGACACCUGAGUGUUAGUCAACCUGCUUUCUGUUUCCAGGUAAAACCCCCACAGAGCAGGACUAUCCAAGCAACUGGCACAAGCAGCCUGCAACCAGAUUCCAGCCCCAAAAUGGCCAAACUUGGACCACAGAAGAGGCUUACUGAUGUAGACUCAGGACAACCCUGCUGGCAUGUGAUGAUUGACCCUGAAGAAAGGAUCCCACCUCCAGCAGCCAAACAAAGUGAUAUAGUGGAGGGGAAAGAAGAGCCACCUCCUGCAUGGACAGUGAGUCUGGGAUCCAGUGAGAUUCCCAAUGAGCAAGCCAUCACUAUUGGUCCCAGGGACUCUGGAUCUUUAGAGGCCGAUAAAAACCCAGGCCAUCUGCAGACACCUACACCACUGCACUCACAGGACUCAGGUGUAAACCCACAAGCAUACAGUAUGAUUGACAUGAUAUCAAAUGAGCAGCCACAGCCCUGGCUCCUGAAACAUGAUCCAGAUGGUCCCAGGACAGUGCACUCUGAGACCAGUGCACCAGUGUACCCAAGUGCCAAGGUCAACUUGCCUUCACAGCACUCACUGCCAAGCUUCCAGAAUACAUGCCAAAACCCCAAAACUUCUGAGGGUUUAAGUGAUAUCUCCAUGAAGAGCUAUGAGGGGGUGGAACCUAAAGAGAUCAGUAUGACAAAGGCUAACAUCGAACUGAAGGAUUUCAAAGGGUUUCAACCCCAUAAAGAGAGGCAGAGCACUAUAAGAUCUGAAGCCAUAAGCCAGGGAGAAAGGCUUGGGAGAGUAAGGCCUUCCAUCUCAAGCUCCACCCACCUCAAGGAUACAGCCAAGACUUGGAUACCAGAAAAAGGAGAGGCUACUUCUCAAAGCUCUUGCAAUGCUUUACAAUAUGAAAACUUUAGCACAAAAUACCACAGGCAGGGGGAUUCAUUACAAAAUCAUUGCCCCCCAUCAGCUGCUGAACAAAUACAAAAUGUUGUAACAAGAAACAAGGUCAUCUACAAUAUGGUAGCUGAAAUACACUCCCUUGUGAAUAUUCUGGUCCAGAUCCUAGAAAACACUGAAGAGUAUCCAUCAAAGGUACAAGAGUGUAAAGUGGAAUCACUGACAUCCCAGAUGAGUGCUUCAUCCCACACAGCUGAGGGUCUGUAUGACACAAACCAAAGCAGAGCAACAAGCAGACUGAGCUGUAGCCAUGUCAGCCCUGAGAUGCAUAACUAUUCCUUCACAUACAGAGGAGCUGGAGAUGAACUGCAGUCAGGAAUUGAAAACCAAAGAGCAUAUGACACACAUCUGAACCAAGGAAAGAGGGGUAUGGGCUUUGACUAGCUGCCCAUGCCCAAGGGUUAUAACCUUCAAUGUAGGCACGGGGGAAUUGGAGAUAAAUAGGAGUUAUGUCUUGCUGACCAGAGACCCUGUGGCCCAUGUAGAACAAAGACUGGAAUAGGCCACUGUACACACAGAAGCCCCAGGGAGCACAAGCUUUCAUUUAGAUACAAAGAUAUUGGAGAUGAAUAGCAGUCAGGUGUUGACAAUAAAUCCUUUGACCCAUAUCAAAGUACAAAGAAAGAAACGGACAUUGGCUGCUUUCUGAGUCCCAAAGAGAACCACGCAGUCAAGCAGAGGGGAACUGACUGCUCCUGGCCUUCAGUUGCUGCUCCAGGGAGCCUCUGAACACAGGGCAUCCCUGCCUUCACACAACAGGAAUUUCUAGAAGAUGUCCAAUCUGCCCAGCCAUUGUUUCCCCCGUGCCUACUGGUAAUAAACUUGGUUUUGUCCCUGGAA